AUGAGCGGCGGGCGCUGGCGGCGGCCCGCGGAGAUGGUGCAGCCGGGGCCCGAAGCGGAUCCGGCGCUGGCGGAGGCGCUGCAGCGGCUGCGGGCGGAGAACCGCGAGCUAAGGGGUGCUCUGUGUCACUGCACCGAGUCGCUCCGGCAGCGCCUGGAGGAGCUGCGGAAGCUGCAGCUGCAGCGCCGGGGGGAGCGGGAGCUGCUGCGGGGACGUUGGGGACAGGCCCGGGACCUGGUGCUGCACUUGCGGGGACAGCGCAGGGACAGCACCGGGGACACCCCCGGGGACAGCGGGGACACCCCUGGGGACGCCAAGGACACCCCUGGGGACGCCAAGGACACCCCUGGGGACUCCAAGGACACCCCUGGGGACGUCUGGGACGCCAAGGACACGCCUGGGGACAUCAGGGACACCCUCAGGGACACUCGGGACAUCUCCAGGGACACCCCUGACACCAGCACCAAGCCCCCCGAGGCCCCCCCCUGCUCCGUGUCUCUCCCCCUUGAGGACGUCCCUGCUGUCCCGGAGCCCCCCCAGGCCCCCUCCAGCACCCCCCUGGAGCCCAGUUCUGAGGAGCAGCUGAAGCAGCGCCUGGCAGAGGCUGAGGCUGAGCUGGUGACACUGCGGGCACGUGUGGCCGUGGCCGAGCUCCGGGCUCAGGACGUUUCCCGCGCAGCUGAGCUGCAGCUGCAGGGCCUGCGCCGCCAGCUUGAGCAGGACAAGGCUCAGGUGCAGGCCCAGGUGACGUCGCUGCUGGGGGAGCUCCGGGAGAGCCAAAAUCGGCUGGAGCGGAGCCGGGCAGAGCGGGAGCACCUGGAGCGCAGGGCCCGCAGUGAUGCCGAGCGGUGCCAGCAGCUGGAAGAGGUGACCCAGGGCCACCAGGUGCAGCUAGACCAGCUUCGGCUCCAGGUGACCAACCUGGAAACUGCCCUGAGGGUGGAGCGGCGUGGGGCCACCGAGGAGAAGCGGAAGCUGGUGCAGCUGCAGGCCGCGUACCAUCACCUGUUCCAGGAGUACGACGCCCACAUCAAGGCCAGCCUGGAGGGGGACAAACGGAGCCAGGUGACGCAGGAGCAGCUCCGGGCGGCCGAGGCCGCGCUGGCCCUCAAGCAGGACCUGAUUGAUCACCUCAAGGCCGAGGCCGAGCGCCAGCGGGCGGCCUUGGAGACCAUCCCGGUGCUGCAGGCCCAGGCCGACAUCUACAGGGCGGAUUUUGAGGCGGAGCGCGCGGCGCGGGAGCAGCUGCACGGGCAGAGGGAGGCGCUGCAGGAGGAGCUGAACCAGCUGCGGCUGCACCUUGGCGGGGAUGGGGCCCGGGCCCGUCUGGAGGAGAUGCGGAACCGGCACUCGGAGCCACCCCCGGCACCGGUCCCAGGAAGGGGUUUUGGGGGGCUCCUGCCCCCCGCUGAGGAAGGGCCCGACCUGUGCUGCCCCAAGUGCCAGUACAAGGCUCCGGACAUGGACACGCUGCAGAUCCAUGUCAUGGAUUGCAUCAAGUGAGGGAGGGCCCCAAACCCUCCCCAGCACCCCAAAAUCACCCCCAGGGGCAACCCAAAACCCCCAGGAGUCUCAACCCAGGGGGAACCCCAAACCUCCCCUGAAAACCCCCUAAUAUUCUUCUGGGAAUCUCCUCACUGGAUCCACAUCAGCCGGAUCAGGUGGGGGAGGGAGCACCCUAAAAUCACCCUCAGGAUCCUCAGCCUGGGGUUUUAGGGCUUGGAAACCCCAAAGACCCUCAGAUAUUCUUCUGGGAAUCCCCUCACUGCAUCAACAUCAGGGAUUGAAUCACCCCAAAAUAUCCGCAGGAACCCCAAAACACCCUUAGCCCCACAUAAAACCCCACUGGGGAGGUCCCCCACCCUCCCAAAUCUCUUGGACUCCGGCUCUAAUGUGGGAGGACCCCCAAACACCCCCUAGGACCCAUCUGGGGUUUUGGCGUCUCCCCCCCUCAAUAA